UAUCGCAGAUAAAAUGUGCCUAAAGCUUUUCAACAUGGCAGCGCCUUACAGUAUUUUCAGGCCGAAUCUUUUCAAGAACAAAGUUGCAAUUGUCACUGGCGGUGGCACCGGCAUCGGAAAGGGUAUUACAGAAGAACUUCUUCAUCUUGGAUGCAAAGUGGUUGUAGCUUCACGCAAUGAGGAGCGCCUUAGGAAAGCAGCAGAGGACAUGAGAAAUCGCCUUGUGGUAGCGCAGCCGCACACCGGGGCAGAUUUGCUUGCUAUACCGUGCAACAUACGCAAGGAAAAUGAGGUUAAGAAUUUGAUGGAGUCUACCCUAGAAAAGUUUCACAAGAUAGACUUUCUGGUCAACAAUGGGGGGGGACAGUACAUAUCACAUGUUGAAGACAUCAGUACCAAAGGCUGGCAAGCUGUGAUAGAUACAAACCUCACUGGUGCAUUCCUCAUGUGUAGAGAAGCUUUUCAUUCCGGAAUGAAGGAAAAUGGUGGUUCAAUUGUGAACAUAAUUGCCGACAUGGUGAAGGGUAUGCUGUUCAUGGGCCACUCGGGGGCAGCACGAGCAGGUGUGGAGAAUAUGACAAAGACGAUGGCAAUUGAGUGGGCUAAGUACGGCAUCAGAAUCAACUGUGUUCUACCGGGUAGCGCCAUCUACUCUGAGUCGGCGGCGAUGAACUAUGGGGACCCGGCGUUGUUUGAGCGACUCAAGCCUGAGAUACCCGCCAGGCGGCUGGGAACGGUGCAGGAGGUGUCAGCAGCGGUUUGCUUCCUGUUGAGCCCCGGUGCAUCGUUCGUCUCGGGGGCGACGCUUAACGUUGAUUCGGGAGGGAGCCUCUACUCCAGGAACUUCUUCGAGAUUCCAGAUCACGACCGCUGGCCGGCACCGUUGGAGGGACAGACAGAAGACGAUGGAGGCCAAGGUUCCACACCUCCCUCAAAGCUGUGAGGCACACACGCGACGCCUUCAGUACCCGUUGUGACGCGACUCAGGGAUAGUGUGAAGUUGCCUGUGGCGUGUAUGACAUACAACAAACCUUUUGCCUUGGAAAUGGUAUUACCGUACAGGCACAUGAAAGUUUGGGCGCAAUAAAGAUGAUUGGACUCUCUGAGAUGUCCCUCAAAAAGUUUAAUUUUGGUUCCUAGGUUAUCACGAUGGAUAGGGCUGAAAUUGUGAGAUUGAAAGUGAAUAGCAUUUGAAUUGGGUCUUGUAUGCAAGCUUCACAGUUAUUUUACUGUUAUGGAAACCAUGGCAAUAUGUAGUAUUCACACAAAUGAACACGAAGUGUAAUCUGUGAGAUACCAUGAGGGUUGGAAUUUGCAAGCAGUGCACAUAUUUUCAAAUGAUUCUUGAUAUUAUUGUCUCGUGUAAUUAAUUGUCAAAACAAAGUGACCUACAAUAUUGUUUAUA